AGCCGUCUGCGGGGCGACGCCGCGGGUGCCCGCUGCCUGCGAGAAGCCCGCGAGGGGGGGCGGCCCGCCGAGGCACCCGCGGGAACCAUGAUGGCCGGGGGCAUGCCGCAGGGCAUGAUGGCAGGUUUGGCGCAGCUCAUGCAGCAACAGGCGCGCCAGCAGCCGCCGCAGCAGCAGCACGACAGAGGCGGUGCCGCCGCUAACGCUUCCCAGCUGAGCGUCAGCGGCUGCGCCCACGCCACCGUCGGCGCCAUUGUCCGCGGCUCCUUCACCGCAGUGGGACAAAACCACGGGAAGCCCUCGUACAAGAAGGACACUCAGGUGAAUGGCCUCGACGUGAUGCUAUACUUCUGGGACGAGCGCGACGGGCAGGCCUUCAGCGGCUGGUGGUUCGGCCCCAAAGUGGGAGGCGACCAGGUCUGGGCUUACCACCCGAGCAACACCAUGACGCCGCCGACGACAGGCUGGAAGGUGCCCUGCGACGGGCCGGUCGACCCGACCUUCGCAAUCUCGUUUGGCGGGCAGCAGCAGCAGCAGCAGCAGCCGCAGCAGUCGUACGGCCAGCAGAGGGCGGCGCCGGCGGCGGCAGGCGGCAUGAACGCGGCCAUGCAGGCCAUGCAGAACCAGGCUAUGGCCCAGGUCAUGCAGAACCAGGCCGCGGCCGCGGCCGCCCAGAUGCAGCAGAAGAUGCUCAUGGAGCAGCAAAAGCAGAUGCAGAUGAAGAAGAUCGAGGACAUGAAGAGGCAGCAGGAGGAACUGAAGAUGAAACAGAUGCAACAGAAGGUGCAGCGCGAAGCGGAGCUGGUCAAGAAGCGGCAGGAGCAGACCACCUUGAUAUCGAUCCGCCGGGUCAUCCAGAAGCUCCGCACCGUGACGCCAGAGAACUUCGCCGAGGUGAAGCAGGAGGUCGAGGCGUUGCUGGCAAAGGAGCUCGGGAACUGUGGCCUCCAGGCCCAGAAGAUACAGGACGAGGCCAAGGCGGGCCUACAGAUGGCGGCCGAGAAGGUGGAAAAAAUGGAAGCGGUGAAGCGGGAGGCCCAGGAGAAGCUCGCGGAGGCGGCGAGGCGGCGAGAGGAGGUCCAGAAGCUCGCCGAGGAGCUCCUAAAGGAGUUGGAGUCGCUCGUGGACGAGGCGGAGAAGGCGGUCAAGACGCUGAAGGACAAGGCGGAGCCGCUGAAGGACGCGGCCGACAUGUCGAUAAAGCUGGUUGAGAAGAACGCCAAAGCGGUGGAGGAGAAGGGUGACAUCGCCAAAGCGAAGUUGAAAGCAGUAUCCGACUUCGUCAAGGAGAACAGCGCCAAGAUUAGGGUCACGCACAAAGUGCCUGUGGGCCCGACGGCGGUCGACACCGGCGCGGGGCUCGCGAAGGCUUCGGCCAGGAACUCAGCGUGCACGAAGGAGUGCAACGAGGCACUGGUGUUCGCCGAGACCACCGUGGCGAAGAUGCGGAAGAAGGCCGAGGCCAAGAAACAGAUGGACGCUCUGAACGCCACCUUCGCAAAGUUCGACAAGGAUGGCGACGGAAUCCUGAGCAAGCCCGAGGUGAAGACGUAUGCGAGGACCACCCACAAGUUCGCGGUGGGAGACGCCGCCAUGGCGCAGAUCUUCAAGAUCCUCGUCGAAGGCGACAGCAAGGGCGUGAAGAGAGACGACUUCCAGAGACUGAGGGUCCAGGUCGGGAUUGCGCGCGAGCAGGCCAUGGACGCCGAGCGUAAGAAGGCCCGGUUGGAGAAGGAGGCGAAGAUGGAAGAGCUGAAGAAGGAGGUGCAGGGCAGCAUCGACGCGGCCGCGGAGGCGGCCAAGGCCACAGGCGAGCUCGUCGACAAGGUGCAGGCGGCAUCGAAAGAGGUGGUUGGCAAGGCCAUGCAGUUGAACGUCGAGGAGCUCGACAAGGAGGCAGAGGAGCUGGACAAGCUGCUGGAGGAGGCGAAGGAGAGCAUCGCGAAGUCGAAGGAGACCGUCACGGGCCUCCUGACGGACGUGGACGAGGACAUCAAGGCGUGGAUGACGCAGAAGGCGGGUGAGAUAAAGGGCAGGAUACAUGGGGGCCCGCGGACCUCCGACCAGAGGCUGGGCAAGGUUGCGGGCAGCCCCAACAAGCUCCGCGACAUCGCGAAGAGAAAGGUCGCAGCGGAGAUGGAGGCGCUGGAGGCGAAGGCCCUGAGCUUCUUGAGGUACCACCAGACAGAGUCGAAGUUGAGUAGGGACGAGUUGUUCAAAGCAGUAGACGCCGACAAGGACGGGAAGAUCUCCGAGGCAGAGUUCGUCAAGUUUUUUGUCACGUGCAAGCGGCCUCCGAAGCCGCAGGAUCCAAAGGCCAAGGCCGACGCCGACGGCGAGGAGGCACUGGACACCGCGCCCGACGACGAGGGCCUGCAGAAGGUCUUCAAACACUUCGUCGACGAGGACGGCGAGGGCUUCUUGACAAAGGAGCGCUUCGCGUCCGUCGUUCGGCACCUCAUGAAGGUGGUCACGGUGUCCGUCCUCAGCAAAGAGCUGAAGACGGACAGCGAGGCGGUGCGAAAGUUGGAGAGCAGAGAGGUCGUGGAGGUGCUCGAGGGUCCCAUGGAGGACGAGGUGUCCAAGAUGAAGCGCGUGAAGGUGAUUGCCAUGAGGGACGGCGCCGAGGGCUACGUCACCCUGGCGGGCAACGGCGGCACGGUGUUCCUGCGGGACGGCGGGCGGCUCUUCAAGGUGCUGAGAGAGGUCCCCAUGACGGACAAAUUCGAGCUGGAUGAGGCGCCCAAGCAGGAGAAGCCAGCGCAGGAGAAGCCCGUGGCGGGGCAGCCCGUUCCGGACGGGCCAGUCGCGGCCGGGCCGGUCUCGGCGUCCGCCCCGGACGGCGUCAGGAAGCUGAAGGCCGGAGAGUUGAUUGAGGUCAUCGAGUACCCGAAGAAAGACGAGAAGUCGGGGAGCAUGCGUUUGAAGUGCAAAGCAAAGUCGGAUGGCCAUGUGGGCUACGCCACAUUCCAGGGCAACACCGGAGCGGUGUUCAUGGACUGCGUGUAGCGGGGCCGGGCCCGGCCGCGGCCAGGCAGCGGGCAGCAGCACCGCUAUAGGAGCGGAGGGCUCGCGGACUGCGGCAGCCGCUGGACGUCCGAGCGAUGGCGAGGGGUGCCCUGACGCUCUUCUGUCGGCGACGCCGUCGCCGUCCUCCGGACUUCUGUGGGCGCCUCUCGGCGUUCACGCCGCCCGCGGCCGGACACGCGGCUCGGGGAAGGGCGGCGCCGAUCGCGCGCGCCCCGCCUCGGGGGCGCGCCGCGGCACGUCGGUCCUUUUGUGUCUACGGGGGAUGCAACGCAAAGGUUCUAUAUUUCAGUGUUUUGGGUGAGCAUUGUGCCAGCGGCGCUCGCGGGUAAAAA